AUGCGGAUCAUUUCUAAUCGCUUCACCGCGGUCGCAGUCAUCGUAACGAUCAUACUCAUCCUCUUCUACACGACCGAACCGCGGCGGCGCUCGUACUCUUGCAAGACUCUCAAAUCAUGCCUCUGGAGCCCGCAGCACCACUAUAGGCAACCGGCUCCCGCCGAGCCGGUUAUCGUGCAGCGCAGCAGGACCCUGAGGGAUGGGACAGAGCUCUUCGAGCGCGAGACGAUGGACGGCAACCCGGAGAUCUUGAUCCUCGUCCUCAAUAGGGACCGCUCCUCCUGGAGCCGGGACUUCCGCUCGACGGGGCGCAACGUCUACGACUUCCUGGACCUGCUCGUCUCCGCACAGCUGGACCUGACGACCGUCUCGCUCGGUCUGAUGACGUCGUCCAGGGACGAGUUCGAGGAGAUGCGGCGGGCGGCGGAGACCCUGCCGUUCGCGAGGACGACGGUAUACUACCAGGAGGACCGAGGGCCCAGGUUCGCCUACCAGGAGCGGCACAACCCGGCCGUGCAACAACAGCGUCGCGCGUCAAUUGCGGAGCUGCGCAAUUAUCUGAUGCUUCGGAGUCUGAGGGACGAGCAGCACAUCUUCUGGAUCGACGCGGACGUCGUGGGAUUUUCCGAUGGCAUCAUGCAGACAAUGUUGACGCAUUCCCGAGAGAAGCGCGAUGAAGUUGGUUUGCUCACGGCGCGGUGCCGGCAGCAUCUCAUCGACAGUUAUGAUAAAAAUGCUUGGGUAUUUGACCGAGAUAGGCAAAGGCUUCUGGGGCCGGUCGACGAUGAGCAGCGGCAGAGUGCAAUAGAAGAGCUAGUAAGCUCAAGGCGGUACGUCGAUGAUCUCAUCAGAGACACUGACGAUACUGAGCUGCUUCCGCUGGACAGUGUAGGCGGGACCCUAUUAUACAUCCGGUCGCAGUUGGUCCGUCAGGGACUUGUAUUCCCGACAUAUAAUGUAAUAGGAUCUACAUGGACUCAGGACGGCUGGAUUGGAGUUGAGACGGAAGGAAUAUGCUAUGUUGCAUCGCAAAUGAAAGGUGGCAGAUGUUUCGUACUAGGGGGCAAACAUUAUGUCAGGCAUUCGGACUGGGGAUGA